AUGUCCGCCUCAAACAAGGAGCGUGCUGAUGAUGAGGCUUUCUAUGUCGAGAGCUCACAAGAGGAAUCAAAACAUGUAGAUAAAAAUACGGGAGAUUCGUAUCAUGAGUGUUGCCCCGGAAAAGAUUCGCCCGUCAAUGAAAAAAAGCGACACUACAGUGAACCUCAACCCUCCACAGAAAGUGAUAAGCUAUUUGAUGUAUAUCCAAAUUGGUUGAAGGAUAAAAUGUUAGAUUCUACCAUAAAAGUGAAGGUGACUCCCAUGCUAUUGAUCAAUUGUGGGCUACCAAGCAGCAAGAAAACUACAGCAUUAAAGAAGCUCUUAAAAGCAGCUUUAGAUUUAAAAGAAGAAGACGGUAUUGGGUUUUGUGACAUGCUUGCUGCUCGAAAUUUGCUUCAGAAUAAGAUUGUGUUUAUGCCUCAACUACAAGAAAACAAAGGAUAUUCAUCAGUGAUGUAUGCAGGAGUAGAAGAUAUUGCUCGGUCAUCCACUGCCAAAAGAAUUGAGGUGAUUCGGGUGCUACCAUCAGGCAAAUUUUCUGGAUUCUCCAAUCAAGAUCUGAACAAUCACUUUACAACUAUUAUGGAAGACCUGCAUUAUCUUAAGAAGCGACAACAUGAAUUUACUGAAUGGGAUCAAAGUUAUACAAAUGGAUUAGCUCUCAUUAAUGUUUGGGAUCUUGGUCUUAACAAGAUACCAACUUACGUUCUCCCACAUCUUGCCGGUCAUCUCUACAAUAGUCAUGUUUGGAUGUUUCUUGAUCUGCUACGUGAUGUUGAUCAUCUUUAUGAAGUUCCUGAUAUUCCAGAGAAUCGAUACGACAAGUCACGUAAUGACAGGGAGCUCAUAAUGAGGUGGAGAUCACGUAUUCGUUAUUUUAUUCGUUUUGCUAAAUUUGCUUCAAUGAAAAAUGGAAACCGCAGAAAAAUUUGCAGCAUAAUUGCUAGCUACAAUGGAUUGACAAAUCUUGAAGGAAAAAUGAAAAAGUUAAAAGAUGUUGUUAAUACUGUUUCCAACGUGGCGAGUCCAAUAAAAGAUGGUCUGGAUGAUCAUGUUAAAAAGGUUCCGCUCUCUUUCAUGUUUCUUCGAAGUUUUUUUUAUGAGAAAGAUCAGCUUUACAUUAUGAAAGAUGAAUUACAAGAAUUAUCAAAAGAGCUCAAUAUGGAUGAUGAGAAGUUUCAAGAGUUUUGUCGUUUCUUCACUUCGUUUGGGAGCAUCAUUGAUGUCAGUUUGAUUGACCCCUCUUCUAAUUUAAUCAUCUUGCAGCCCAUUUCAUUUUUGAAUAAGCUAGAUAAGCUGUUCUAUUAUUCUUCUGGUGACUCAGUUGUUACUAGUCAUGGCUUUGUUAGUAAGGCUACAGCAGAAGCCAUUUUUAAUGAAAAGCCGGAUGAGAAUGCAGCCACUUUCAUGGCAUUUCUUGAAUCCUUACGUAUGGCUACCAAGAUUUUACCAGGUCAAGUUAGCAUUGAUCAACAGGGCUAUUAUAUUCCCAAUGUUUGCAAUCAUCUUCCCCUCCUGCAGUGCAGUCCUACUUCACUUCAUUUGGUCCAUGACAUGAAUAUUUCAUUGUCACAUUUCAAAGUCUCUUUCACUGCCAAUUUUUUGAGGUCAUAUCCCAAAGCUCAGCUGGAUGUAUCCAGGACCCCUCACAUUAAUGUGACACGGUUUUGUUUUCAUUCAGAUGAUCCACUUUUUGAGCUUGUUUAUCUUGGGGAUAUCAUUGAGUUUCGUUUUCCUGAUCUUGAUAAAGAGCUGUUGCUUGAAGUCUGUGAGAAUAUCGUUAAGAAUUGUCAUGAGAUAAUGAAUGAAAGUGAUAUAUUAUAUAACUUUGCAAUAAUGUGUGCUACAAACCAGCAUCAAGGUUCCUGUAAGCUUCACAUGGAACGCCAUGCUCUUCCUUUUAAAGAUGAUUGCGAAAGAUGUUCUGCUGCCAUGUCCAAUAAAGAUGUUGAAAGGAUUAAAAUAUUUAGCUCUAUAUUGACAAAGCAUGAAAUUUCUGAAAAGAAAAUACUUAAUGGAGAUUUCUUCUCAGCAGAAGAUGCUGCUAUUGUAUCAGAAAAAUUGACUGAGCUAUCAGCUGAAAGAGCCAAAGCUGUUUAUAGUGAAUUUAUGGGAACCAGCUCAGAUAAGGACUGGAGAGACUGGAAAGUCUUCAUGCAAAUGAUACUUACCUGGGAAGAAAAGAAUAAAGAUGCAAAAAGACAAUUUUUGUCAAAGCUUCAGUCAAUACCUUUUGCUGAUAAGUCAGAUGCUGAUAAAAUACAGCAAAUUGUUAACAGUCAAAUCAAAGGUUAUUACAAGCAAGCAUCAGAUAAUGUUUAGAAUGAAUAUUU